AUGAUUCAAGUCGGCUGCGGCAUGAAAUGCCUGCGGGAGAUAAAGAUAAUAGCCCUCAUUGGCAUUGGGUGGGCGAAACAUACAGCCAACGGUCCGACGCUCAUCAACAUCUACGUGCGAGAACUCCCACUCUCCCGAGCACUUGCGCAAGGGGUAUCGUACGCGGACGAUGUUACGUUCUUCUGCCGGUAUCACCGCAUCGAUCAGGCUGCGCAGCUCCUGAGGGAGUUCAUGCCUGAUGUCGAAAACUUCUUCACCCAGCGCGGAAUGACGAUCUCGGCAGCCAAGUUGUCCGUCACUGUUUUCACGCUGGACCCGAAGGAGUUCAAUUGUCACCCGGCCAUAAUCGUCAACGGUGCGUCCUUACCACUCGUCCGUGAGGCAAAGCUCCUUGGCGUGCGUUUCGAUCCACUUUCCACGUUCGCGAAUCACGCCAGGGAAUUCGCAGGAAAAGUGAGUCGCUGCACCAAAGUCCUCAAGGUUCUAGCGGGCACAUCCUGGGACUGCGCGAAGGAGACUUUGACGACCACAUUAAAAGCGCAGGCCAAGCCGUACCUUACUUAUGCGGCACCAGUCUGGUCUCAUACGAUCAGCUCUUCCAACCUUCGCCACCUUCAGUGA